AUGAGAUCAAAGUAUCAUAGUGUUUCCUAUGAAGUUCGUUACUUUGAAGUAACAUUUCACAAGAAACAUUUGGACAUGGUUUUGGGUUCUUACUUUCCUUACAUUCUUCAAAAGGCUAAGGACAUUGAAGAAGAGAAGAAGAUGGUGAAGCUUCACACCAUUGAUUAUAAUGGAACAGAUUAUUGGAACUCUAUUGUUCUUAAUUAUCCUUCAACUUUUGAUUCUAUAACAAUGGAGCCAGAGAUAAAAGGAAUGUUGUUGGAAGAUUUGAACUUGUUUUUGAGGAGGAAAGAAUAUUAUAAGAGAGUUGGGAAGGCUUGGAAAAGAGGGUACCUUUUGUACGGACCACCAGGUACCGAGAAAUCAAGCUUGAUAGCUGCCAUGGCUAACUAUCUAAGGUUUGAUAUAUAUGACUUGGAUUUGAAAGAAGUGCAAUGCAAUUCAGAUCUUAGGAGGUUGUUGAUCGGAACAGGAAGCAAGUCAAUUUUGGUCGUUGAAGACAUUGAUUGCUCUGUUCAAUUGCACAAUAGGAAGAUGCUGAUGGAACCAAUGAUGAUGAUAAGGUUUCUCUCAUGUUUGCUCCUUGACAAGGCUGUGUACACUCCUGUUGAAGAAAGGUAA